UGGAAUUUUAAUUAAUGUUAUAACUUUGCUAAAAAAUUUUGCAUGUCUUGUUAAUAGCUGUAUUUUCAUAAUAUGAUUAAAAACUAAUUUGUUUUAGGAAUCAGAGGCUCCAAUUUAUAUGAACCUCCCUUUGCAAUUUGGUAAAUUACCACCUGUACCCAAAAAUCACGAUAAACCUGUAAGAAAACUUAGCAAUGAUUGGUUUGAAUAUGUCGAAGAAGAUAGUGGACGUAAAUAUUACUAUCAUUCCUCUACGCGAAAGGUAACCUGGAAACCACCGCGGCGUCAUGAAAACAUGCAGUCUCCAUCCUCCAACAGUGAAUCUAAUAGUCCAAAAUCUAACAAUAGUUCUAUCAAAGUUGUUCCCGAACCACCACCUAAACAGCUAAAACCCAAGCUAAAAAAGUUGGUUCAUAGUAGCAAUGAAAGUUUAGAAUCUCAAUCAUCGCCAACUAUGUUUACCAUUUUACCACCUGGAUGGAGCCAAAUGACUGAUUCAGAAAAUGGCACUUGUUAUUAUUUUAAUGAAGCUUCCAAAAAAAAGGUACCAAAAGAUGUUUUUUUAUCUUUAAUACAAUAUAACUUCUAA